GCUCAUGUGCAGCUUCUCCAGCUGUAUUGCUGGAGCCAGAUUCGUUCGGUGAGCACAGGGUUUGGUUUUUGUCUCUUUGGUACCGUGUUGUACCCAACCUGGCAACCUAUUUCUGAUGAAAAUGGUUGUUUUUAGCAUACAGUGCAGCCUCACAGAACUGGUGUAGACUCUUGCUACGUUUCUGUUUGCUUGGAGAUUAAACAAACAAGCCAGAGCCAGAGCCAGGCUAACUGUUUCCUUAAAUCGCAUCAUGGGGCUCACUCCCAUUCAAGACUUAAUUACUUAACUUAAAAUAAAAGGAGUCAAACGUUUUCAGUUGUUGACAGUUUUGAAUAAUGUCUUUUUUUCUACACGACAUGUUUUUCUAGUUUUUGAUGUUGACUCAGCGUCUCAGUGUUUAUUCUAAACUCAAAGGUUCGGCACAAACGUCUGCUGUCGAGGUCCUCCUGCCUGAAAACAAGGAGGCGAGAGGAGAAAACAAGAAAGUCAGCCCGACAGACAGGGAGGAAGGAGGGAUGGGAGCGCAGGAAAAGGAGGAGGACUCGGCUGCUUCGCCGGGGAAGAAGCAACAGAAAACAUCCAAAGAAGUGUUUUUCUCCGUCCUGCCGGAUAAAUACGAACCUCUGAUCGAAGAAGAGGAGGAGGAGGAGGAGGAGGAGACGCCAGAGGAGAGGAGGAAGAGGAAGGAGGAGAAGAAGAGGAAGAAGAAGAAGAAGUACAAGAAGUACAGGAAGAACGUCAGGAAGGCGCUGGGCUUCAGCUGGCGCUGCCUGCUGGCCGGUCUACAGACCAUGGCCUGCGCUUACUCCACACCGCUCUCAGCCAUGUCCACCGUGCUGACGGAAGUCCACAGAUAAACCGGCAGCAGAGCAUGAUGGGAUAGAUUCUGAGCUUUGACCCAUAUUACCUUGGGGCCGCCUGUCCUGUUUGGCCCCUGGGCCUGGUGAUCAUCCAGGCUGUGCACCAGGAGCAUGAAGACGGAAGGAUGGAUGAAGUAUUUAAAGUGUGGGACUUACGUAGGGAUGUUAUUACUAAAGGAUGGAUUUUUGUAAUAAUACAUCGAUGGCUGUGAACUAAAUGUUAAAACAGUAAUAAAAGCUAAAGAAUCCUCAUUUAAUCUAUGAAGAAAAUAACUUUUUAAAGGGAUUGUUUUUGGUCUUAUUAACACAGACUCUGAUAUGUGUUGUAUUUUUAGUUUAUUGUGUCUGUACGUUUUUAAUACACGACAUUUAAUGUGUCUGAUGAACUUUAAAUUCUUUUACUUCUACUAUGUUUUUCUGCAGUAGUGAAAAACCACAAUAACAAUAAUAUGUACUGGAUUACAUCCAAUAAACUCGCUUUUAAUCUGUAA